AUGGGUUCCCAGGCUCCCGAGAUCAUCUUGUACACCAAUCACCGCUGCCCAUGGGCUCAUCGGGCGCACAUCGCUCUUGCAGAGCUCAAUCUCCCCUACAAGGAGGUGAUUAUCGACCUCGACACUCCUCGCAGCCCUGAGUACCUGGCGAUCAAUCCGCGAGGCUUGGUCCCGGCGCUGUCGUACAACGGUGAGAUCAUUAUCGAGUCCGCCAUUGUUGCACAGUUCCUGGCCGACCAGCACCCCUCGCAUCUGGUCCCCCCUUCUAAUGCUCCCGGUGGUGCCCUGCGUCGCGCUCGCAUUGCACUGUUCGUCGACGCCUUCUUCAGCAAGUUCAACAGCGUCCUCUUCGGUCUGGGCACGGCCAAGACGGAGGAGGAGAAGCAGGCUGUUGUCGAGAAAGCUCUCAACGGCCUCAUCAAGGAGGUGGAGCCGCUGCUCAAGGACGCCAAGCCCUUCUUUGGCGGCUCUGACAAGCUUACUCUGGCCGAGGUUCUGACGGGCUCCUUUGUUAUUCGCUUGAAGACGUUCAGCAAGGCUGAGCUGUACCCCAAGGAGUUGUACACCAAGAUUACGCAGCUUGCGCCCAACUUUGCCAAGUGGGCGGAGGCUGUCGUGGCGCACCCGAGCGUCACUAAGAUUUACAAUGAGGACGAGGUGAUCGCGGGCAUGAAGGCCAGACUCGCGAAGACUCGCGGGAACUGA